AUGCGCUUAGCAAAGGGUAAAGGGCACAUAGGAUCUUCCCGGAAACUUCCACGCCACCCAACACCUUCCGAAGCCAGGACUAAAGCUAAGUCCAGUCGAAGCCAGAUUGGGGGCAGAGAGACUACGUUUAAUCCGAGGAGGGAUCCUACUGGUGCAGAACGAGAUGGCCCAAGGGUAGAUCUUCCUGAUUUUACUAAGACUUUUGAGAUUGAAUGUGAUGCUUCUGGUGUAGGUAUUGGAGCAGUUCUUAUGCAGGAUAAGAAGCCCGUCGCUUACUUCAGCGAAAAGUUAGGAGGAUCAACGCUGAAUUAUCCCACGUAUGACAAGGAGUUAUACGCAUUGGUUCGAGCUCUCCAGAUGUGGCAGCAUUACUUAUGGCCUAAGGAAUUCGUCAUUCAUACCGAUCACGAGUCUCUGAAGCACCUCAAGGGUCAGCAGAAACUUAACAAAAGACAUGGGCGAUGGAUGGAGUUCAUUGAGACAUUCCCCUACAUUGUUAAGUACAAAAAAGGUAAAGAUAAUGUGGUCGCAGACGCAUUAUCCCGGAGGUACACUCUUAUUUCGACUUUAACAUCAAAGUUGAUUGGAUUUGAGCAUAUUAUAGAUCUUUAUGAAUCUGACACUGACUUUUCUGAGAGCUAUGCCAAAUGUCAUAAGUUUGCCUGUGAGAAAUUUUAUAGACAGGAUGGAUACUUGUUCUUCAGUAACCGAUUGUGCAUACCACGAGGAUCCAUUCGAGAGUUACUGGUACGAGAAGCUCAUGGAGGUGGAUUAGCUGGACAUUUUGAUGACCAAGAGACCAACCACUCUAGCCCUCUGAAAGAUGUUCAGAGGAGGACAAGAAAAGGGAAAGCUGUCGCCUCAGCACAAAAUGGAGGAACAAGCAAGAAAGCCUCCGCGAGCACCAAAGGGGGCGAAGGCGAGCCAUCUGCAAAGCGUGCAAGAAACAGCGAGCUGGCACUUGCACAUGCGCCUGAGCCGAGAAGGAAAGGAAAGCUAGUGGCUUCGGAGCUGGAGCACUGGUCCUAA